GUUGGGAUAGGAGCUCCGGGGAGAGAGAGAGAGAAACAGACAGGAGGAGGCAGAGGGAACGGGACAAUUACAUGGGCAAUUCAGCGGCUUUCCAGCGAUUAAUAAAAACAGGGAAACAUUUGUUGGUUGUUGACGUUAGGUCGGGAAACAGAGGGAAACCGUGAGACAAGGAAAGGCAGAAGGGGCAGGCGACUUUCUCUGAAGUUGAAGACAGAAUUUCGAUCUUAACUGCCAGAGGAAAAGGAGCCAGCGACUUGUGUUUGGAUUUGACAAACGAGAGUGAAAAGCUGGUUCGUGUGUGGCCGAACACUCACGAAGUAAAUGAACGGAAUUUGAAGUUUGGCGCCGUGGCAGUCGUUAAAUGUUGUGACAUUUUAGGACGGCGUAAAUUGCUCCAGCAGUUGAGUGGCGGGUUAAAAACCCGAGCUGUCAAACCCGAUGACUACUGCAAACUGCCCCGGGAAUGAGGAGCUGGACUUCAGACUGAUCUUCGGGGAGGACGGGCAGCAGCAACCGUUAGGCCCCGCAGACCUGGAACCUGAUGAUAACACAUCAUUCUAUAUCUUAAAUGUGGGACAGCCCCAGUCUAUGGUCACUAACCACCAGCCUAUUGGCUUGCCUUGCCAUGGCAUGCACUCCCACUCCCAAGUCAUCCACACGUCACCACGACCCCCAUCACACAAACCAGGAUCUGAGCCUCUAAGCUAUGAGGCACAAGACUGCAAAUAUGGCACCUCCCCUCUUCUGCACUCUGCUCCUGUGGAGGCACCAAAGGCCUUUGAAUGCCCCAGUAUCCAGAUCACCUCCAUUUCACCUAGUUGCCAGCAGGAGAUGGAUGCCAAUGAGGGGGAGCUUAGGGCCAAUGGUCCUGAUGGGGAUUACCACGGCGACAGGCCCUUAUCUAGGGACCACUUGUAUUUGCCAUUGGAUCACUCAUACCGGGAUUCUUCACUCAGCCCUAGCCCAUGCAGCAGCCUGUCCUCCAGGAGCUGGUUUUCUGACGCCUCCUCUUGUGAAUCAUUUUCACAUGUCUACGAUGAUGUUGACUCAGAGCUGAAUGAAGCAGCUGCCAGGUUUACGCUAGGCUCCCCUCUAACUUCUCCAGGUUGUGCCUCCCCUCAGACUGGCGUUGGAGUUCUGGAGGAACAGCCUCACUGGCAGCACCAUCACCCUCCCUUUGUGCACCAUUCUCACUCCAUCAGCCUGUCUCCUCGACAGUCUCCCUGCCAUUCGCCACGCACCAGUGUCACUGAUGAAAAUUGGCUUAGUCCGCGGCCGCCUUCCAGGCCCUCCUCACGCCCCACCUCACCCUGUGGGAAAAGGCGCCACUCUAGCGCCGAAAUAUGCUAUCCCAACUCAUUGUCUCCUCAUCACUCACCCACACCCACACCAGGACCUUCACCAAGGGGUAGUGUGACAGAAGACACUUGGGCUGGGAGUCCAUCUGUAGGCAUGUCACCAUUUCAGUGCUGCUCAUCUGAGACUGACAUCCCAUCAAAGACAAGGAAGACCUCGCAGGACAGAACAGCUAUGCAGAGUGGGAAAGGGGACCUGGGGGUAGAUGACCAAGGAAAUAUGUCUCCUAAUCUGGACUCUCCUUCAGAUGAGACUCUGCACAGUCUGAAGAAGGAUGGCCCUGUGGAACAGUUCCUCUCAGUGCCAUCCCACUUCUCAUGGAAUAAACCCAAGCCUGGUCAUACACCUAUUUUCAGGACCUCCUCACUGCCUCCUCUUGACUGGCCACUGCCAAGCCAGUUUGGCCAACAUGAACUGAAGAUAGAGGUGCAACCCAAAGCCCACCACCGUGCACACUAUGAGACUGAGGGCAGCCGAGGAGCAGUCAAAGCAGCAUCUGGUGGUCAUCCAAUAGUCAAGCUUAUUGGCUACAGUGACAAGCCUGUCAACCUGCAGAUGUUCAUCGGAACAGCAGAUGACCGUUACUUGAGGCCGCACGCCUUCUACCAGGUGCAUCGGAUCACCGGGAAAACUGUAGCCACAGCCAGCCAAGAAAUUAUUGUUUCCAGCACCAAAGUUCUCGAAAUUCCUCUCCUUCCUGAAAACAACAUGUUAGCCAGUAUCGACUGUGCUGGCAUACUAAAACUGCGGAACUCAGACAUCGAGCUGCGGAAGGGAGAAACGGAUAUAGGAAGAAAGAACACACGGGUCCGUGUGGUGUUCCGAGUGCAUAUCCCUCAACCCAACGGGAAGGUGCUAUCGCUGCAGGCUGCCUCCAUUCCUGUAGAGUGCUCCCAGCGUUCAGCUCAAGAACUGCCCCAGGUUGAGAAAUCCAGCCUGACCAGCUGUCUGGUCAGCGGGGGAGAAGAGAUGGUUAUUACUGGAUCCAACUUCUUCCCCGAGUCCAAGGUCAUCUUCCUGGAGAAAGGCCCUGAUGGACGACCACAGUGGGAAGUUGAGGCCAAAAUAAUCCGUGAGAAAACUCAAGGUUCAUGCAUCAUAGUGGAGGUCCCUCCUUACCACAGUAGGACUGUGAGCUCAGCUGUGCAGGUGCAGUUUUAUGUCUGCAAUGGUAAACGGAAAAGAAGCCAAUCACAACGCUUCACCUACCUUUCAGUUAUGGUAAAACAGGAGCACAGAGAUGAGCUGGACCUUCCUCCAGUACCCCCCAUUUCCAUACCCCUGGCACAUGCUGCUAGUCUGGUGCGCACCCAGCUGCCCUCUCCCGAGCAGGGCCACCCAUCGGACAGCCUUCUGUCCAGCUCCCCCCGUGGCCUGGCCACGGGUUCCGGACCUGGCCUGCUCCCUCUGCCGGGCCCUUGCCCUUCCCUAGGCUCCCCGUCUUUCCAGCAUCUGCCUCACCUCCAGGGUCACAGUUUGCAUCACUCCCCUGCAGACUGCCACAUGACGUUCCACCAGAGCUCUGGUCCUGCUUCUCCCCGGCCCUCCUACCAGCCUUUGCAACAUGGCCACAGUCAGAGUCACAGCCUGUCCUUCAAUGGCCAGCCCAGCCUUUCUCCUCAUGGUUAUGAGAGUAUGCCCUUUCAACAGAGCCCUGGUGCAGUAUCACACCCGAUGAGCAUGGGGAUGGUAUACCCAUCCCCUCCUUGCUCCUCUCCAUCAGCUCCCUCCUCCACAACCACCAACCCCAUUGUUGGAUCCCCACAAACCCAGCAGCCUCUUCUUACUCCUUCAUCCCCACACCUUCACACACUCGGAGGCUAUCACUGCUCUCCAAAUCCCAGCCAGGUGCCUUCUCCAGGUGGGCAUGCCAUUACUGGGCAGCACUCGUCACAGUUGCAGAGAGCUAUGGGCUACCAUCCAGUGAGUCAGAGGUCAGCUUCUUGUCCAACACCAUCCACUGCCCCUCCACCACGUAUGAUCCCUUCACCCCACUCUGGGCCUUCCUCUCCUCAAGUCCACUCCCUGCCCUACCAGUCUCCCACCUCCUCUUCUCCCACCUCAGGCAGCAGCCCUCUGGGGCCUCUGCAACAGCAGCAUUCAGGACAACCAUCUCCUCAGGCCACAAGCCCAGUCAUGGCCAGCCUAUCCCCAGGAGCUGUUGGACCACUGGUUCAUCCUCUAAGUCCUCAGGGGCCAUUCCCUUCAGAUGGGGAGAGGCUGAACAUUAAACAGGAGCCAGAGGACAGGGAGCCCACCUUCCGCUCCAUCGGCCUGCAGGACAUCACGCUGGAUGAUGUAAACGAGAUCAUCGGCAGAGACAUGUCCCAGUCCCCCAGAACUCACGGUCCUCCAUCAGCUCACUCCCAGUCAUAGCUUGGCUUGCGCACCGUCUGUCCAACUCUUGGCUUAACAACAUGGACUCCAGACCUGAUCCCAGUAGAGGAAGAGGGCCGAAGAGACCAGACUGAAACAAGAUGUGAAAGACCUCCGGCCUGACAAAACGGUGUUUCUUUGAUUUCAUGUAAAUGAUGCCCUGUCUGUCAUUUGGAAAUGUGGGUGAAAAGCUGAGGACUGCGUGCAGAUUCCAGACGGGAGUCAGAGCCGAGCUCUUUGCUGUUCUCAGGCCUGUGUUUGACUAUCUGGCCCUUCGAAGCACCCGCUGUCUUCCUGACCAAUUAGCUUCCGCCUCGCUGAGCCUGGAGUGCUCACUUUUAAAAAUGAGUUUGUAGUGGAGACAACACAACAGGGGGGUGUUGUCCUCACCCUCUCACCAGCGUGACUUGACUUUCAUGAAGAAAGAUGUAACACACAUCUCUCAGGCAACAUUAAUAAAGCUCCCAGAUGCUAUAAAACAUUCUCCAUAGAAGUGAUGCAAGGUGGACUAACAUGGAUUAACAGAUUCAAAUAAAACCUGCUUCAACAAUCAGACUACCCAUCAUAGAAAGAAAGUAAAAGAUCUUUCAGUAGAUUUUCUUUAGCUUUCUGGCUAAACAAGUAAAACUUGUAAUAAAAAUAAUGUCCUCUUGAUUUUACCCCGGAGAUAAAACCUCGGGUCUGGGGGGUACAGGGGCCCGCUCCUGUGGUGUCGGUCUAGGAUCUGCAAAAUGCAACAUUCCACAACGUUUAGUAACCUUGCAGCUGUAGAAUCUGUACAUUCAUCCCCAGUUUUUGCCUCUUCUUCCCCCCCUUCCUUCUCCUCACCCUCCUCGAGUUGAUCAAAUGCCUUAUUAAUGUUUAGUAGCGUUGAAUGGUCGCAAAAGCUUUUUUUUCUCUCUUUUGCUUUCAAAAAUAGACGUGCAACUCCUAACAAGGGAUGCGUUUCACAAUUUGUAAACUCGCCCGUUCUUUCUGUGUUACAGAGAAGUGUUUUCAUUGGUCCACAGAGACAGAGCGCUCUGCCUCUGAAAUUUCUGUUGAUGCAUCAACUCCGCAAGUAUCCCAGGGGCCUUUGCGUGCCUUCUAUUUGCUGCAUCUCUAAUGGUAUAUGACAGCUUAGGCAACAAUAAGUGGGAAAUAAUCAGACAAAAGUUGUGAAAGUAUUUUAUACAUAAAGAUUUGUCUGUAUAUUGUAUUUAUGUAUUGUGUCCUUUUCUGUAAUGAACAAGGUAAAAUCUCAGCCCAGAGAGCAACAUCUGGAUGUAAUGGGGUCUUCCACAUCUCCCCGCUUGCAACAAUCAUUGUUUGCUGUCCACAAUCAAAGACUUCUUAAAUAGUUUCCAGAAUAAUGACGUGUUCAUUUUUUCUUACUCUGAGGGUUAAGUAGUGCCUGUAUGGUAGCAAUAACACACGGUCAUAUAUGACGUAGAUCUGAACAGGUAGAGACAGAUGCUGGUUUUUUUUAGGCUUCUUUGCCUUAAGAUUGACAAUGAUGCUCCUGCAUGUUAAAGUUGAGGAGUGUUGCUUAGAGUGAUUUGAAGUCAGUUUCCAGGUGAAAAUGAUUCUGCUAUGCAUUAAAAUUUGCUUAAUGCCUUUAAAUAGAAAAAAAAAGAAGGAAAAAAAAAACCAUGAUGCCUAUAGAAGUAGACUGUAGACUUGUCGGUGCUUGAUUGAUUCUGUUUGCAUCCUACAUGGAAGACGCAGUACAAGCAUCUUAAUAGGCUGGGUUGUAUACGUGUGUGUGAAUGUGUGUGAGGAUGGAUUAUAGAUGUUUGUACCAAAUAUCCUGUACAGAAGUCAGGAAUUCUGAGAGUCCUGUUUUCAGUGACAGAAGCACACAGAUGUAUUUAGGCUAUGCAAACUGUAACAGCAGCAAAUGUGAUACAUGAUGUAAAAUAUGAGAUCAUAAACUACUUGUAAAGUUGCUUAUGGAUUUGACAGAAGAAAGAAAAAAAGAGAACGUGUCAUAUAGUGAGAAUAUCAUGUCACUAUGUGAAUAUUAGGAUGCCUUAACUCCUGUUUAAAAACCAGUUUGUGUGUUUGUCUGUAUGCAGUUCUGGGUUUAUUCUAUUUUUUUCUCCCCAUGACUAAGACAUAUGUCGGUAACAGUUAUUAUUCUUUGUUUUGGGGGCACAUAAAGGUUGGGUGGGAGGAUAGAAAUGGAGUUUUGCAUAAAAGUUGGUUUUACAGCUUAAGAGACUUGAGUCAAGAGAAAAUACAAACAACAAAAUGAAACAAAACCAGCAUUGACAGUUAACUCUGUCUGCCGUCCACUUCUGCCACAACCAAAGACCGAACAAUAUGUUCCCAUUUUACAUGAGAGUAAAGCUACAGAGACUGUACAACUAUUUUUGAUACUUUGAAAUGGAUGUCAUUCCUAAAAGGCUGAAGACACGUAUGGGUGUCUCAUAUAUAUAUAUAUAUAUAUAUAUAUAUAUAUAUAUAUGUAUAUAUAUAUAUAUAUAUGAUGUAUGUAAAUUAAAAGGGAAAUACAGGUUUAGCUGAUGUUUACCAAGCCUUGUAUUGUCAUUUCUUGUAUAUUUUGUAUGUUAAAAUUUUUGUAAUUUUUAAGACUGCAGUGCUUUUUGAAAUUAUUCAAAGGGAAUAAUACCUAGCAUCAUACUGUAGGCUCUAACGUAGUGUAUGUCAAUAAAAGAAAAAACUCAUUCUG